CAAGAAUCGGAAGCAGUGUGCAGGCUCGGCAGAGCUGGUUUUAAUUGUUCGUGUUUCUUUUUUCUUUCUUUCUUUUUUUUUUACCUUUGGGCGGUGCAGAGCAAAGAUGAAACAUGAGCGCUCUCUUUAAGUGUUCGCACGAGCCUGCCAACUGAUGAGAGAUAAAAGUCAGUCAAAAAAAGUUAUUGUGGUAAUUCUGACGUUGGUCUCAUAACCAUGUUCCUCGUACAACCACCAAACACAUCCAUAGGCGUGUAUCAGACGAGGAGGUGCGGCCAAAAACGCCAGGAAAACACUGAGGGGGGAAAAAAAGUUCCUCCCUGCCGAAAACAAAACUUUUUACGAGAGUAUGGGCUUUAGGCAAACUGUAAAAUGGGACUCCAGGAGUAACUUGCUGGUCUUCGUGGAUCGGGAGAAAUAACGCGAUUGGGAAUCGUCUCGGGAUUUCUACACGGGGGGUUAACCUUGUGUUUGGGGGUGGUGGGGGGGGCAUGUACGAGAGACGAGUCUGAAAGUAAAAUGUACUGGAAAGGUGAACAAAUGCUUGUGUGUAGCAAAGCAGAAGAUAAAGGAAAUGCCCUGAAUGCAGUCUCAAGCGAGACGUUUCUCGUCAUGUCUGAAGAUUGCGAAGGGGCAGCCACUGGGUCUUUCGGUCGAUGUAGGAAACCCAGGACGGAAACUGAGCUGAGCACGCCCGAGGAGAUCUUUGAGGACGAUUCCUGUUCCCAGUCCUCCUCGCUGUCGCCCUCGUCCUCGCCGCAGGCGAUGACUUCGGCCUCUCUUUUGGGAAAAAGCAUUUGCACCAGCUGCGGUCUGGAGAUAGUUGAUAAAUACCUGCUUAAGGUAAAUGACUUGUGCUGGCACGUGAGGUGUUUGUCUUGCAGCGUGUGCAGGACGUCGCUCGGCAGACACACCAGCUGCUACAUCAAAGAGAAGGAAGUGUUCUGCAAACUGGACUAUUUCAGGCGAUAUGGGACCCGUUGUGCCCGCUGCGGUAGAAACAUACACUCGACAGACUGGGUUCGCCGAGCAAAGGGGAAUGUGUAUCACCUGGCGUGCUUCGCCUGCUUCUCCUGCAAGAGACAGCUGUCCACUGGGGAGGAGUUUGCUUUGGUGGAAGAAAAAGUUCUCUGCAGGACGCAUUACGACUGCAUGUUGGAUAAUCUCAAGCGCGCAGUAGAAAAUGGAAGUGGUGUAAAUGUAGAAGGAGCGAUGCCGACGGAACAGGAAGUCAACCAACCCAAACCGGCCAAGAGAGCUCGGACCAGCUUCACAGCGGACCAGCUCCAGGUGAUGCAAGCCCAGUUUGCUCAGGACAACAACCCGGAUGCACAAACUCUUCAGAAGUUAGCAGAAAGAACAGGCCUCAGUAGACGAGUAAUACAGGUUUGGUUCCAGAACUGUAGAGCUCGUCACAAGAAGCAUGUGAGCCCUAACCAUUCUUCCACAGCCCCGGUGUCCACAAUGCAGCCCUCCCGCCUCUCUCCUCCGAUGAUGGAGGAACUGCAGUACUCAGCCUAUGUCCCGCCAGAUGGCCCUAUGCUGACUGCUUUGCACUCCUAUAUGGAUGCUCAUUCUCCGUCAUCCCUGGUCUUUCCGCCCUUGCUGCCUCACUCCAUGGCACAGCUGCCCAUUAGCCAUGCCUGAUCCAGUUACUCUGCAGGAGAAGCCCUGCUCCAUAUUCAGGUCGGAACCAUGUGGAAAUGCAUGAUGGAUCCUUACCGUUUAGAAAGCUGUAUGUUACACAAACAUAUGCAAAUGCCUUCCAUUGUUAGUCGAGUGCCACAAGAACUCCCGAGAGGGCCGCUGGCACCAACAAUCUCGAUUUCUUGUCGUAAAACUGGUAUCUGUAAAACUUUUUAAUAUAUAUGGUUGAAUAAUUCAUGUUCUAUUAUUUAUUUCCUGUAUGUGACUGAGCACUUUGUUUUAAAAUAAAUCUAAAAGAUUCAUUGUGGAAACUGUCUGGAUCUGUGUUUGCAUGGAGUUUUUUGGUCUCUUUUGAGCAGUGCAUGUGGUGCCUUUUAGCCCAGGACUGGGAGAUGAUUUGAAUUCCUUUAAAGGUUGUUAAUUUUGGGCUUUUGAAAAACUGAUUCUUUUAAAAUGGGAAGAGCAAUUUUCUUGCAGCAGUUCUCUACCUUAUACCUUGAAAAUCAGAAAAGAGGUCUAUCUAGCAUGCUUGUUGAACCAGAGUUUUUUUUUUUUACCCGUUUGUCCUGUGGAGACCUCUUAAUUUUUAAAUGUGUUAAUUUAUUACGUUUUAGUAUUUUAAUGGAAUAAUUUGUUGCUUUCUCUCAGAACUAGUGAGAGGCACAACAUAUGUAAGUGCUGAACUUCUGAAACCACAAGGAAGUCUCAAUGCUAAAAUGGACUACUCCACAUAAAUUGUACUUUUGGUUGAAAAACUUUUCUGGGGAUGUACAGUAUUUUGGGUCAGAUUUGUGCUUCUCUUAAACUAAUCCCUGAAGGGGCCAAGGUCUUGGGUAUUGUCCAGCCUUUUGUAAGGGGGGUGCGUGUACUGUCCAGACUGCAAUAGUCAGGACAGACAUGGACAGCGGUAAUGGUUUAAACUCUGAUAAUGUAUUUCCCCAGCUUUGGGGUGCAGGACAGUAAAGCUUUUAAGUAUCGGAAACCUUUCUGCAAGUGUAUUGAAGAAAGUUGUACUUGUGACUACUUGCCGAAUGUGGUUAACCAAAAGUUAUUUUUCCUCUGGGAGGCUUGAUGUACAGUAUAAUCCAUCUAUCCUUUCAUUUAGAUCUUGCCUUGGUAAAAAAACUUCAGAGCUCGUAUGAUGGACAGAAUGGGUAAAAAAAAAAAAAAAAACUUGGCCAACGAGGAUGUUAGAAAUAGUUUUUCAGACUUUUCACAGGCCAAUGACAUGGUCAAGACCAGGCACUCAAGUAUCAAUGCACCAGUUUGGGAGUGUGAGCAACGUUCUUCAAGCAGUUAAGAGAAACGUCUAUUUACAGUUGCAUUUGAAUCAUCAAUUGGUUGACCCCCCCCCGCUCUGUAGUUUUAAGAAUUUCACAUUUCAACAAUGUUAAGAUGUUAAAUGUAACAUCUACCCAAACCUUUAUACCAAUACAAACAUUUCUCUCUUGAAAUGGCAAGUGCAAGUCUGUGCAUGUCACUGUUGCUGAAGGUUAUACUGCACCACUGGUGCAGCCCUGUGGAAUCCGUUUUUGUCUUGGAUCUACAGCCCAUUAAUUUCUCUGCAACCACAAGCAGCACUCGGCAGAAUGUACGUGCACCACUCAUUAUGAUUUCCACAAUGGAAAUUCAGUAUACUGUAUUUCAGAAACGCUUUUUAGAAAGCGGACUUACUAAAGGCUUCUGCAAACUAUUGUUCAAAACCUGCAGUUGGCAAAUAAGUGGAAAGCACAGAAGUCCACAAUGUGACGCAUCAAAUAUUUCUCAGGUCUGCCUAAACAAUUUAGUUAUUCUUUGCAAAUACAUUACCAUUCUUUGGUAUGAUGCUCUGUAAUGUUUAUAGAGAGGAUUAACGGUAGAAUCCCAUUAAUAGUACAUUCCUUAAGUUGUUGUUACACUUGCCUCAACAGUGUAGUAUGGUUUAACAAAGCAGUCACUGCAGACAUUUGCUACUGGGUUGCAAUGUAAUUUCAUGGCGCCCAUGUAAUGUUAUUCAGGUUAAGGUGCGUUUUAAAAGCCUGGAUGAAAACUCCAUUUUUUUAAAGCUUUAAAAAACAUGACCAACUUUAGAUGUUCCAGGAUUGUACCAAGACCUGUAAGCAGUAACUAGCUCAACCAGUCUUAAGCAGCUCUUUGCUGAAGGAUUUUAAAUUCUGUAAUGGGCUGAACAUACAGCAGUAUGCGUAACUAAAUCUCUUCCCAAUCAUUUAUUCAUCGAGGUUAAAGCUAUGCUUUGGAAUAGUGGGCUUCUUUCUGUGCAGCGGAGCGGUAGUUCAAGCGCUCAGGUGAUCAAUUGAGUUUACAGCUCCACCUAGUGGACAUUUAAAAUAUGAAAGAGCCGAUAUACUUCAAGGGAAAGAAUGUGUAAUUGAUUAGUGAAUGUUUGUUCAGAUAAUUCUAAUCACGUCUAUAAAUGUGCACUUUACUCACUUUAAGUCAUCACCAAAGUGGCUUAAUGAUUUGUCAAGGUGUAUGAAAUAUUAACUGUCAGUAUUUUGGCAGUCCCUUAUUGUAUCCUUCCCAGUGUCAUAUAGUUGAAAUUGUAUCCCAGAGACAAAUGGCUCCUGUUGGAUGGCUUGUAUGCUUGUUGUGUAUAAAUAGGUUAGUAAUGGUGGUAGUGUACAUAGUGUACAAUGAUGGUAGUAUACAUAAAAAUCCAAGCUUUUUUUGCAGAAACAUACUAUGUAGAAAACAAAUAUACUGUGAAUUUUCAACCACAAUAGCAGCAGCUAUUGGGUACGUGACAUCACCCUAAAACAGUAUAAAUACCAAUGACGGUGCAUGGAUAGAAUAAGUUUCCUUUGAUAUAAUUGCAUGGUUUUGUAGAUUGCAUAAACUGGUGUGUGAAAUUACUGGCAGGUGUGUGUAAUUUGUCCCAGGAAUUACAAGUGCCAUACAAAAUAUAUAUAUAUAAUCUUCCUUGUAAGGCAGGAAGUCUUGUGUUUUAGUAGAAACCUUUUCCAGGACAUA